AAUGAAUUCUAAUCAGUGUAGAAGCUUUGAAGGUGUUGUUGAAUAUAUAAGUUUAGGUAGUUAUAUUGUGCAGAACAGAGCUAACAGAGGUUAUUAGUGACUUUGGUUCUUCUCUGCAGUUCUGUGGAAUAAUUUGGGGGUCGUGACUUUCUGAUGUGAAAUCAGAAAGCUGACGAGAAAACAUUCCUGAUGAAGCGAACAACUUUCUUGCUGGUGUUUGGAGUCGCCCUGAGCUUCUGUCAGGCUCAGUCGGAGACGGGAGGCGAGGAGACGGGCGGGGAGGAGGAACAUGUGGAGCUCUUCACCACACCGACGACUAAGAUGGGCGCCGCCACUUCGGACUUUGGCUACAACCUGUUCCGCGCCCUGGCGAGCCGUGAAACCGGGACCAACGUGUUCCUGGCCCCCAUCAGUGUGUCUGCAGCGCUGACGCAGCUCUCCAUGGGAGGGUCUGAGCGUGCUCAAAGGCAGCUGUUCAGGGCUCUGAGGUACCACACCCUGCAGGACCCGCAGCUCCACAACACCCUGAAAGACCUGCUGGCCUCGGUCAGGGCGCCUGGGAAAGGCCUGAGCACUGCGGCACGUAUCUACCUGGCACGAAGACUUCGUCUCAAGCAGGACUUCUUCGCACUGGUGGAGCAGCAGUAUGGACUUCGUCCCAAGGUUCUGCAGGGAGGAAGCAAAGACCUGAAGGAGGUAAACGACUGGGUGGCUCAGGAGACAGGAGGGAAGGUGCAGAGGUUACUGGCCACGGCCUUCCCACGAAAUGCAGGAGGCUCUGGAGUGAACACCGUGAGCGCCGCCUACUUUAAAGGAAAGUGGGUGACUCGGUUCGGGCAGAGCGGAGUGAUGGAGAACUUCCAAGUGGAGGGCGGGGCACCAGUCCGCAUUUCCAUGAUGCAACAGGAUAACUACCCUGUGAAGAUGGGUGCCGACUCAGAUUUGAGCUGCACGAUCGCUCAGAUCCAGAUGCAGGAAGAUGUCAGCAUGUUCAUCUUCCUGCCCGAUGACGUGACCUCCAACAUGACGCUGCUGGAGGAGAGUCUGACCGCCGAGUUCGUUCAGGACCUCUCCAUGACGCUCCUUCCCGCCAAAGUGUCCCUCACUCUGCCCUCCCUGAGGCUCAGCUACUCCACAGACCUGCUGCCGCUGCUCAGCGACCUGG